ACGCCCCCUUACUGCCGCGCCAGCGUCCCGCCUCAGUUUGUCCCGACACCCGUCUCACACCCCUGGACGCUUUACCCCAGAUGCCACGGCUGCCUUGUUUCAGUUAGUGUUCUCUGUGGGCCACUUCAGCUGCUAGCACGCAGUGCUUCCCUUCACACUUGCUCGGAGCCCCUUCACUGGCUCGUCUUGCUGGAGGCAUUCCGGCCCCUGGCCCAGCUCCCUCAGAGGGCCCCCCUCUCCUGCAGUGCCGACAGCGCCCUCUGCAAUUCUCCCCAGGGAAAAUAAAACAGAAGAGGAUACCAUGGGACAAACAGUGAAUGAAGAAUCAAUGGAUGUCAAGAAGGACAAUCAAGAAAAAACCACUCACUCAAGUACAUCUUCUGUGCAAAGCAAUCAUUUUGACUGGGACAAGUAUUUGAAAGAGACUGGCUCUGUAAGUGCUCCUUCAGAAUACUUCAGACAGUCUCUGACUCCACCAACUAAUGAAUUCCAAGUUGGUAUGAAACUGGAAGCCCGUGACCCUCGCAAUAUUGGUUCAGUGUGUGUUGCUUCUGUUAUUGCAACUACUGGGGCCAGAUUACGUUUACGACUGGAUGGUAGUGACAAUAAGAAUGAUUUCUGGAGACUUGUUGAUUCAUCAGACAUACAGCCUGUUGGGACAUGUGAACAGGAAGGAGAUUUACUUCAACCUCCACUGGGGUACAGAAUGAAUGUUUCAUCUUGGCCCAUGUUCUUACUACGGACACUAACUGGAUCUGAACUGGCCCCUGCGGUGUUCUUUAAGAAGGAACCACCAUCACCACCCCUAAAUAAUUUUAAAGUGGGGAUGAAGAUUGAAGCUGUUGAUAGAAAAAAUCCAUUUCUGAUCUGUCCUGCCACAAUUGGAGGUGUCAAAGGAGAUCAAAUUCAUAUUACUUUUGAUGGAUGGAGUGGAACAUUUGAUUAUUGGUGCAAAUAUGACUCCCGGGACAUCUUCCCAGUUGGAUGGUGUUGCCUCACAGGGGAUGUAUUGCAGCCACCAGGAAGUAGUGCUGAAAAGAAAUCAAAGAGCAGAGGAGCCACUAGACCUUGGAAAUAUGGAGCCACAGCUUUGGAGAGUGAAGAAGCAGCCCCAGAAGCUGCAGAAAAACCAAAGGGCAUUGUAUUCACCAACCCUUUGGAGGAUGAAGACAUACCUGUGAAAGAUGACCAAACAGCCCCAGUUUGGAAAAAACCCAAAGGUAGAGGAUUCACCAAACCUGGGAACUCUGAAGUCAGACUUGGAAAAAGUAACCAACCAGCUCCAGUUGCAAAAAAACCCAAGGGCAGAGGAUUCACCAAACCUUGGGAAGAUGUCCAAACAUCCUCAGAUGGGAAAAAACCCAAGGGCAGAGGACUCCGCAAACCUUGGGAAGAUGAAGCUAAACCAGGGAAAGGUGUUCAAACAGCCCCAGCUGAGAAAAAACGCAAGGGCAAAACAGUCACCAAACCAUGGAAAGACCAAACUGGAUUUUUUGAAGAUGCAGAAUCAGGCUCAGCUGAGAAAAAACGCAAGGGCAAAACAGUCACCAAACCAUGGAAAGACCAAGCUGGAUUUUUUGAAGAUGCAGAAACAGGCCCAGCUGAGAAAAAACGCAAGGGCAAAACAGUCACCAAACCAUGGAAAGACCAAACUGGAUUUUUUGAAGAUGCAGAAUCAGGCUCAGCUGAGAAAAAACGCAAGGGCAAAACAGUCACCAAACCAUGGAAAGACCAAGCUGGAUUUUUUGAAGAUGCAGAAGCAGGCCCAGCUGAGAAAAAACGUAAGGGCAAAACAGUCACCAAACCAUUGAUAGACCAAACUGGAGAUUUUGAAGAUGAAGAAGCAGACCCAGCUGACAAAAAACUCAAGUGCAAAACAGUCACUAAGCUAUGGAAAGGUCUAGCCGGUUUUUUUGAAGAUGAAGAAGCAGGCCCAGCUGAGAAAAAACUCAAGGAGAAAACAGCCACCACACCGUGGAAAGGCCUAUCCGUCGUUUUUGUAGGUGAAGAAGAAUGCCCAGCUGAGAAAAAACGCAAGGGCAAGACGGGCACCAAAUCUUGGAAAGACCAAGGCAGAUUUUUUGAAGAUAAAGAAGCAGCCCAAGCUGAGCAAAAACGUAAGCGCAAAAGAGCCAGCAAAUUUUGGAAAGAGCAAGCCAAACUUUUAGAAGAUGAAGAAGCAAUUCCAGCCCUUUUCUCAGCUCUUUCAAUGAAAAGUACUGAGAACACACCACCUUCCUCCUCUGAACAACCAAAAUCUUCCACCUCUGAGAAAACUAAGUCUUCCACCUCCAAAGGGGCUCAAUCUUCAAAGAAGUCUCCACGGAAAACAACUAUUGUACUGCCAGCGGCAAAGACCAGCAAGAAAUCAGGACAACCUAAGCCAACUGGAGAUACUUCAGCUCCUAAGAAACGCAUGGAAGUUAAAAUUGUCUUCCCAAAGAAAAAAGGUGGAAAAAAGGAAAAAUGCAUUCCAGUUGUGUCUUCUACAUCUUCAGCUUCUCUCAGUUCACUGAUGAGAAGCUCAUCAUCUGAUAAUUCUUCUGUGGUGCCAUCUAAAAUAGUGAUGUCUACAGUCUGUGUCUAUAUAAAUAAACAUGGAGAUUGUGGCCCCUACCUGGAUCCACAGAAAGUUCGGCAGCUGCCUGACCACUUUGGCCCAGGCCCCGUGAAUGUGAUUCUCCAACGGACUGUGCAGGCGUGUGUUGAUUGUGCCAUUGACACCAAGACUGUGUUUUUACUUCUUAAGCCAGAUAAUCGAGGAGGAGAAAUAAUAACUGCCUUCUUUGAUGCGAAAGUUCAUACUGUUCAGCUCCCUCCAGUAAAUAGUGCAUCAUUUGUGCUUCGCUUUCUUGAAAAUUUCUGCCACAGCCUUCAGUGUGAUAAGUUUUUGAGUAGUCAGCCUUUCAAACCCAGGGUUCGUAUUCAUACCCCUGCUACAGACCUUGAUCAAAACAAACCAGUAGGUGAGGAACUAAAGGAAAGGAGAAGCCUCAAACGAUUUUCUCAGCGACCUCUACCUGCCUCAUCAAAGCAAAAAGGGGGGGGGAGCCUCUAA